AUGGCUCGCGAUCGAUUGGCGGCGAUGCGAGCGCAACAAGCGUCAGCGGCUGGCGGCUACACCAGUCCUGGCACUGGCGCUGCCGCCGGCUACGGUGGCGCCCAGCCCCAGCGCAACUCUCAGCAAGGGUUUAAUACAGCACAGCAGGCUAUAGACAGCUACUACCAACAAGAGUAUGGUAACAAUGGCUAUGGCGACCAUAUGUUCCCUACGCAGCAGUCCACUGGUGCACCAUACCAACCACCAUCGGAGAUGCAGCCUGAACAAUCCCAGCAGUAUGCCCAGCAGCAGUAUGCCCAGCAGCAGUAUGCCCAGCAGCAGUAUGCCCAGCAGCAAUAUGCCCAGCAACAGUACGCCCAACAACAGUACGCCCAACAACAGUACGCUCAGCAACAGUAUGCACAGCAGCAACAGCAGCAGCAGAAGCGGCGCUCAUAUCAAGCUGCUCAGCAACAGCCAGCUGGCUACGUAAUGCAGCAGUCGGAAGAGACGACGUACGUUCCGCCCACGUCCAACCCUUCAACGGCUUAUGCACCCGCGACUAUGACGCAGCAGCCAGACACGUACGAAAUGACCGCGCUGCAGGGCGCGUCAGGCCGCGCUUACACGACGGAUCAGAAUGCAAACAUGGGCAUGCCUGGCGGUGGCUCAACCAUCGCAGGCAUGAUGGGCGGUGGUGUGGCUGGAACUAGCGUGCCUGGCGUUGCAGCUGGCUCUGCCACUGGUCUAGAUGCUGGGAUGGCUGGAACGGCUUCUGCGGCCGGUUAUGGCGCAGAUGGAACGCAGAAUGACACCUACACCGUCAACAUGUCAUCGGAUCCGGAAGCGGCGGCAUUCAACAGCAAUACUAACACGUUCUUCGGCAAGAUCAGCGAGAUCCAGGACACAAUCCGCCAGAUCGACAUGAAUGUAAACCGUAUUUCUGAUCUUCACUCGCGCUCGCUCAACAACGUCGGCGAAGCCGCGCAACUAGCUGCUGAGAGUGAGCUUACGAGCGUUGCGCAGCAGACAAGCAUGUUUACGAACUUUGUCAAAACAUCUAUCAAAUCCCUCGAGGCAGAAGCCACGAAAACCCCUGCGUCGGGACCCGCACCAGAGGGCGUCGGUCGGAAUGUGCGUCUCACCCAGAUUGGGGCUCUGAAGAACCGCUUCAAAGAGACCAUCAUGCGGUACCAAGAGGUCGAAAAGGCCUAUCGGUCCAAGUACCGCCAGCGCACGGAACGUCAGUUGCGCAUUGUGAAGCCUGAUGCAACACAGGCAGAAAUUCAGAGCGCCCUCGAAGGCGAGUCUGAUGGACAACAGAUCUUUUCACAAGCACUGAUGAACUCGAACCGCCAAGGCGAAGCCCGCGGUGCACUACGCGAAGUACAGGAGCGCCAUUCCGAUAUUCAGCGCAUCGAACGCACCAUCACAGAGCUGGCUGCCCUCUUCCAAGAAAUGUCGAUCCUUGUUGAGCAGCAAGACGAGCAGUUGAAUGUGAUUCGUGACCAUGCGCAGCACACCGAAAAGGAAGUGCAGGCUGGUCGCCAGCAGACCGAUAAGGCCGUUGUUGCGGCUCGUCGCGCGCGCAAGCGCAGGUGGAUCUGCUUCUGGAUCUUGCUUUUCGUCAUCAUUAUCGCUGUCGCAGCUAUCGUUGGUGGUGUUUGCGGUCAUGGCAGCUGUGGCGGUAGCAAGGACUAG